AUAACGGUAACUGCCACCGGAGGAGGGGAUGCGAGAAGAGACCGGGCACCGGACACCUCUCGCGCGCACACCAUCCAGAAUUUAAAUAUUCCGUCCGCACUCUCACUACUACAGUAUUCAAGGCGCGACUCGAACUAUAGCAGAAAACAGGUGGAAAGGAGAUAGACAAGCAAAACCUUUUCACAACUCAGAGAUUGUGUUUACUGAUUCCGCUAUUCUGCCGCGUAAAAGAAACGUAGGUAGAUCGACCUAAUUGGAAGGAUAACGACAGCAGGUGUAGUGAGAAAGAGUGGUCAGCAAGAUAACCGUAGCCUUUGGACACACGCACCCAAAGGAUUCUUCGUUUUUUUUCGCCAACAGAAACGUAUUUAUUUAGGAAUCAAAAUAAUCCACUAAAUCUUUUUUUUUUUUCAAGAUGGCAAACUCGGGAAUUCAACUUUUAGGAUUCGCCCUGUCACUCGUCGGUGUUAUUGCACUGAUCGUGGGGACCAUUCUGCCACAGUGGAAGAUGUCUGCGUACAUAGGAGACAACAUCAUAACGGCGGUUGCCAUGUACCAAGGAUUAUGGAUGUCAUGCGCGUUUCAGAGCACAGGGCAGCUCCAAUGUAAAAUAUAUGACUCGAUCCUGCAGCUCGACAGUGCUCUCCAGGCCACCCGUGCCCUGAUGAUCGUUGGCAUCAUCGUAUCUAUCGCUGGGCUGGGCGUGGCCACUAUGGGCAUGAAGUGUACCACCUGCGGAGGGAACAACAAAGUGCGCAAGUCUCGGACCGCCAUGACUGGAGGCAUCAUCCUACUGAUUGGAGCUCUGUGUGCAGUAGUGGCCUGUUCGUGGUUCGCUCACAAUGUCAUCCGGGCCUUCUAUAACCCUUAUACUCCUGUCAACACCAAGUUUGAGUUUGGAGCAGCCAUCUUCAUUGCCUGGGGGGGUUCUUUCCUGGAUGUGCUGGGGGGAGCCAUGCUGGCAUCUUCCUGCCCCAGGAGUAAAAAGCCGGUGCCCAAAUACCCCGCCAUGAGUGGCGUGAGCGCCCGCUCCCCCCCCAGCAGCACCAAGGAGUAUGUGUGAGUGCCCUCGACUGCCGAUAACCGGAAUAACAGAAGCUUGAAUAUGAAAGAGUUUGUACAUGGAGUCGAACCUGACUAGUCUGUUGUACUUAUGGGGUGAAAUUUUUGUGGCGCAAAAGAGCACAGAUAUGUACAAGAAAUACCGUAAACUUCAUUAUAUUCUGGCACCGUGAUUUCAUCUGAAAUUUUUCUUCAACAAUGUGUAUUAAGGAUGCAGUUAUUUAACUAGAGUUUAGUAAACUGAGCAAUGCAUAAAGAGUAACGCAUGAGUUUCAAAUUAAACCAGCUGCCAGAUUAUAAUGAGAUUUACUGUAAAAGAAAUUUGCACAGAUCUGUGCUCUUUUGGACAGCGUAAAUGUUGCCCAUGAAGUUUGCAUUUGGGGGGGCAUAUUGGGAUAGUAUGAGAGGAUGACAAAAAAAGAAAGAAUUACUGGAUGUGAAUAUAGUUUUACAGAGGAGACCGCCCGACCCCCACCCCAACAAGACUCUAUCAUGCAGUAGUUUGUUUUUGAGUGACGUCUCUCACCCCCUCCCAACAUUCCACAAUUGUUUAUGAGUUUAUGAGUGAACCUCACAAAUACACUGUAAUUGGUUAUUGGAAGCGCCUUAUAUUAACAGACCAUGUCUUAGGGUGUAUGUUCUCGUAUUACACACACACACACACACACACACACACACACACUUCUCGUAUUACAGCCAAGAUGCCGCAUCAUGGCAAACACUCUCACUCCCCUGUAAGAAACACUGUGCAUUUAAUUUAGCAUUUCCAUUGUAAUUGAAGGUAAUAAAUUAAACUCUGUGUGGUGCGAAGGGCAUACUUUUGGCAUACUCAGGGGAUUGCUAUGUAUGUAUAAUAGCAAAAGGGACGAGCGCCCCACCCGCUCUUUUACAAUGGAGUUUUCUGUCGACAUGACUGUCACCAAGGGCGUUCAACGUUCAAGCCAAGUGUUGACGUCACACUAGUUGUGAGUGACUGCAUACACUAUGGUGAAUCCCCAAGCAAUUCACCACUGCACUCCAAAAGGGAGAGGGCUUUUCAUACAGGCCUGCAAUAUACUCUAUCCCAUUAUAAAAUAUCUUUCACCACAGUCAUUCUUAACAGGUGCCUUGACUAUUACUAAGGAGUGUUGGUUUGUUUUUAUUACUGAAAUACACAAUAUAUAUUAUUAUCAUCAAACAGGUUUUUAUUUAUGUGUUUGACCAUUUGUUAAUUACUCUGUAUGAAGUAUUGCUCUGUUCUGAUGUCCACACUAGUAUUCUACUUAGGGCGGAGCAAUAUGUUUGGAAUGCAUUCUAUAGUAUGCUAGUGUUGAGCUCUGAUUGUAGCCUCUGUUUGUGUUUUAAAUGUAGCAGAAUAUGGUAGUACCAUUCCCAAGUGCUAGUGUAGCCUUGUGUCUCCAGUACAGUCUUGUGUUUUUAGCUUUAGAUUGCAUAAAUAAUAUUUUAUGUUUGAUAUUUGUGAUCACUGAGAAAGCUCAACCUGCCUUUGAAGAUGCUCAGUGGAAUUUUAACCGUGGGUGCUUUUGUAUUAGGUGAUGUUGUAAGCAUAGAAAUACAAUUAUUAGAUAGUAAUAGUAACCAGAUUACUAAAUAGUAAUUAUAUUUCUAUGGUUGUACGAUGUCCAAAAUGUGUCUAGAAAUGUUUAUUUUAAUAAAUGGCCAUGUAGCUUACUACAUAAUACAUGUUCUUCUACAAUUUGUAUAUCUAGCCCAUUUUUCUUUUAUUGAAAGUUCAUCCAAUGGUUCUUGUUUUCUCAUAACAACAGUUCAAAUGCAAUGUUAUAACUGUCAAUAUCCCAAUAUGGAACAUCUCUGAUAAUAAAAUACACAACAGGAAUAUUAUACAAAGGGUGAUGUGUGUUCUUUGUCGUAUUUGGUUCGACAUGGGGGCUCGUAUUUGGCUGUUUAGAAGUACGACACGGACAAGUGUAAUUCUGGAGGUUGCAUUUCAAUCAUAAUAUAAUAAACG